UUGGGACAGACAUUGUGUCGUCCCAACACCACUCGUUAUGUGCUUACUUCAAGCAUCCGCAACAUCAAGGCUGGCUUGUCGCCAUCGUUAAUCGAAGAGCGCGUGCUGGCUGUCUGUAAUAGCUUUGACAAAGUUCCGGCGGACAAACUAAAUCUUGAUUCGAAUUUCAUGAAAGACCUUGGUUUGGACAGUUUGGAUCACAUUGAAAUCAUCAUGGAAAUAGAGAACGAAUUUUGGUUCGAAAUACCCGACGUUGAUGCAGAGAAGUUGUUGACUCCAAGAGAUAUCGUGGAACACGUUUGGGCCGUAGCAUUAAAAGCGGAGCGAAUUGAAUGAUUUUUCCCUGCCUCUUCGGGCCAUAGGAUAAGCAAUCAUUGUAUCAUAGAUUUUCGGUUUAUUCUGACUUCAAUAUAACAUUUGAUGCACC